GUUCUGUCAGUCAGAUAAGCUCCACCCUAUUGCUGCCAUCCCCUCGCCGUAGUCGUCAGAUCGUAUUAGACGUAAUUCUGAGCCGCCGUUGGCGUGUUCCGCCCACCAAUCUCCCGGCUCUUCCUAUGGAGCUUACAGUUUAUUAAGUGUCACUGUGGGAAGACAAUGAAUUUCUCCGAAGUGUUUAAGCUUUCUAAUCAGCUCUGCAAGUUCUCUCCCAACGGGAAGUAUCUGGCAUCCUGUGUGCAAUACAGGCUUGUAAUAAGGGACGUGAGCACCUUGCAGAUCCUUCAGCUCUACACCUGCUUGGAUCAGAUCCAGUACAUAGAAUGGUCUUCAGACUCCAUGUUCAUCCUCUGUGCUAUGUAUAAGAGAGGACUCGUGCAGGUCUGGUCUCUGGAACAGCCGGACUGGCACUGCAAGAUAGACGAAGGCUCAGCCGGGCUGGUGUCCUCCUGCUGGAGCCCAGAUGCUCGUCACAUUCUCAACACAACGGAGUUUCAUCUCCGGAUAACGUUGUGGUCGCUAAGUGCAAAGUCUGUGUCAUACAUCAAGUACCCUAAAGCCUGCCAGCAAGGCAUCGCUUUCACACAAGAUGGCCGGCACAUGGCUUUGGCAGAGAGACGGGACUGCAAAGAUUACAUUAGCAUAUUUGUGUGUAAUGACUGGCGCCUUCUAAGGCAUUUUGAGACAGAAACCCAAGACCUUGCUGGUAUAGUCUGGGCUCCAAAUGGCUGUGUGCUGGCUGUAUGGGACACUUGCCUAGAGUACAAAGUGUUACUUUACUCGCUGGAUGGCCGCUUGCUGUCGUCCUAUUGUGCCUAUGAGUGGUCGCUUGGGAUUAAAUCUGUCGCAUGGAGUCCCACGAGCCAGUUUCUUGCAAUUGGCAGCUUUGAUGAGAAGGUCCGAAUCCUCAACCAUGUUACAUGGAAGCCUAUAAAGGAGUUUGAACAUCCAGCCACCAUCACCAACCCUAAAACAGUUGUUUACAAAGAGGUUGAGAGAAGUCCAGCUAUCAGAGCUGAUGAACUUGCUUUCUCCACCCCAAGAGGCAACCCAAGCAGCCUGUUUAGCAAUCACAGUAAAUAUGAGAUUGCCCAGGUGCCAGUAUUGUUCCGAACCAUCAAGCCUGAUACGGAUCGGGCAAAUCCAGAUCUUGGCAUUGGGUUAUUGGCAUUCAGUGCUAAUAACCGUUAUAUGGCAUCCAAGAAUGAUAACAUGCCUUACUGCGUCUGGAUAUGGGACAUUCAGAAGAUGAGACUGUUUGUUGUUUUGGAACAGACUUCAGCCGUCCGAGCGUUUCACUGGGACCCCGUGCAGCCAAGACUAGCCAUUUGCACUGGCAAUAACAGAGUGUAUUUAUGGAGCCCUACAGGCAGUGUAUCAGUGCAAGUGCCGGCAGAAGGAAUGUCCAAUGUUCUGUCUGUGUCCUGGCACCCACUCGGACAAGAUGCCCUGCUGGUCAUGAGCAAGGAGCAAUUAUGCCUUUGUUAUUUGGACACAGAGGAAGAAAAGAAGUGAUUGGAGCACACAGCACUAACGCUGCAGAACAGUCACACACACACACGCACAGCUUUACUGGAACACAAGUAGCUUCAGUGCUGCGGAACUUUUCCCAAGCAGUCGCUUUUUUUUCUUUUACAUUUUGGAUUGAGUAACCCCCCGUAUGGGGUCGGAGUUGCUGAAGGACUUUACAACAUUCCAUAUGUAGAGCAUGUAAAUAAUGUAGAUGUAAAGAGAUCUAAUUUAUGUCAUUGAUGUCAUUUUUCAAUAAAAGUAAUAUUUAAUU